AUGGCUUCGGGUUCCGGCACGUAUUCUACAACAAUCAUGCACGCUGAAUCCUCAUUGUUUUGUUAUUUAGCUGUUGGGAAGCUUUCGAGGGAGGAAUUCCGCCGCCAAAAGGACUUGGACGCGGCACGCAAAGCAGGAACUGCACCAGCAGAGGUGGAUGCCGAAGGGCGAGCCAUCAAUCCACAUAUCCCACAAUAUAUUUCGCAAGCUCCCUGGUAUCUAGACACUGGAGCUCCGUCUCUAGCACAUCAACGUCGACGAGCAGAAGAUGCCGAAGUCAAGCCCGAUAUCAACCAAUGGUACGCUCGUGGACAACGUGCCGGACCGGCUGCGACAAAGUAUCGAAAAGGUGCCUGCGAAAACUGUGGUGCAAUGACACACAAACGAGCCGAUUGCAUGGAACGACCGCGAAAGAAGGGUGCAAAGUUUACAGGCAAAGACAUUGCCGCCGACGAGAUUAUUCAAGACAUUCAAGUCGGAUACGACGCCAAGCGGGAUCGAUGGAACGGCUACGAUCCUUCAGAACACAAGAAAGUCUACGAAGAGUAUGCGGCACUGGAAGCCGCGAGGCAGAAGAAGAGGGAGGAGGAAAUUGACAAUCAGACUACGACCGACCUUGCCGCAGUCAAGAAGCUCGCAAAGGCUGGUGGAGGAGAAAAGGAUCCCGAUUUUGGGUCUAGUGAUGAGGAUGAUGCAGACGAGGACAAGUAUGCCGAUGCCGCCGAUGCGGUUGGUCAGAAGCUCGAUACCAAGACGCGAAUCACCGUUCGAAAUCUACGUAUUCGAGAAGAUACGGCGAAGUAUCUCAUCAACCUCGAUCCAGACAGUGCAUACUAUGAUCCAAAGACACGUUCGAUGAGAGAUGCACCAGAUAAAAGCGUUCCUCCCGAGGAUGCCAAAUUCGCUGGAGACAACUUUUUGCGUCACACUGGUGAUGCACUCGCAGCCGCCCAACUCCAAGUCUUUGCCUGGCAAGCCUCUCAACGAGGCAACGACGUCGACUUGCACGCGAAUCCCACAGCUGGUGAAAUCUAUCACCAAGAGUUUACGGAGAAGAAGGAGAAGAAUAAGAAAGCGACUCAAGUCUCCAUUCUCGACAAGUAUGGUGGCGAGCAAUAUCUACAAAAGGCACCCAAGGAACUGCUCAUGGGGCAGACAGAGGCAUACGUCGAAUACUCGCGAACAGGUCAGGUCAUUAAGGGCAAGGAACGCGCAAAGGCCAGGAGCAAAUAUCAAGAAGACUUAUACAUCAACAAUCAUACUCAGAUUUGGGGUUCCUGGUACGAUGUUUCGAAUCGGCAAUGGGGCUAUGCCUGCUGUCACUCGACCGUCCACGCUUCGUACUGUACUGGAGAAGCUGGAAUAGCCGCUGCCGAAGCUUCAUCUCAUACAAUGAUGCUCAAAGUCGAACGAGCCAAAAUUGAGGCGCAGAAGAAGCAAGAAGAGGCGGCUAAGCAAGAAGUCCCUGGCUCGAAGCGGCUGGGGGAGGCAAACCCUCAACUCGACCCCGAGCGCCUGGCGCGCGCUAUCAAAGAGGAACGCAAACGUAAAGCGGGGGAUGAGGAAGAGUGGAUGCGGGAUAAGCGACGAAAAUAUGGUGGCGGCAUGGAUGUCGAUGUCACAGAGGAAGAUCUCGAGGCGUACCGGAUAAACCGGUUGGCGGGCACAGAGGACCCGAUGUACAACUACAAGGAUGUCGAAGACUAA